CAGCCAGUGAAUGAGUUGUUUCACGGUUGCGUUGUGGGCGGGCACUCCUACCAACCUGUUGUGCCAUCUCAAGUAUGUGAGAUAAUUCUAGCUGCGAGAGUUUUUCAUCACACGCGGGUGCCAUGCCACGCUCGUGUAUUAGAUGGAUAGAUUAUUGGAUUUGGCUCAAUUUGAUCUGUGGAGCCUAAAACUAGAGAGUAAUUGGAUAUCAGUGCCAGGCGCAAGAUUGGCACGGGCAGAUAUGGCGCACAAAACCACAAGAUUUUCAGGAAAACGCAUGUUUUUUGUUUUGAUGUUACUGCUGCAUCUGUGCUGGAGGAGUCCUUGUUCUAAAACGCUGGAUAUGGUCGACGUUUAUUCACCUGAACUCAACUGCAGCGAGGGACUGCUAAACUGUAAAGUGACUUUAGUUUCUCUCUAUGAAGGGGUGCUGCUUGAUCCGGAGGGGCCAGUGAACAUCACGCAGGUGGAUCUCAGAGCUGUUCUCUGCUGCACACAGGAACAGCUCUGUGAAGCCUGUCUGCAGCUCACCAUCACUCUCACUGGUACAGAGGUAGUGGGCGACUUGGAGCAGUCUGGAGAUAGUACAGAGUUGUUUCUCAGCACACAACAGAUCGUGGAGGCGAGUGGAUAUUUUAUGUCUCGAGAAGCCCUGGUCAAAAUUUGCUUCAGUUCUCCAGGCUCUGGUGACCUUUGCAAGACAUUACAAUUUACUUUCCCCAGAUCACAUAUAGCUCACACUUCCACACAUAAGUUACUGUUAAGAGAAAAGGUGACUUUUGGUGCUCCAGUUCUGGUUCGUGUCCUUGCUCAGAUGAAAGAGUACAGACAUAACAUCACUAUUCCAUCUUUAGAAAAAGUGUGUUCUUUGAACCCAGAGAGUAGCCAUAUUAAAGACUGUGAUGUCCCCAGUCUUCAAGUUGUAAUGGAUGAGAAAACAGAGGUCAUCCGACUCAAAGUGGAGGACAGUGCCAAGGAGAAGACGCUCAUGUGUCAGAUGAUGUGGGACGAGACUCCAGGAGCAAUGCUUCCAAUGUGUAAAGACAAAACAGAAAUUGUGAUCUCAUUCAACUCUGCAGCCCCAUGCUUGUGUUUCCAAGUUUGGUGGCAAGACAACAAGGUGCGUCGAAAAUAUUGCCCAUUCAAGAAUCAACAAGAUGCCAUGGAGAGGAUGAAGCACAGUGUGUCCCUGGCUUUGAUGGAGUCUGCAAGAGGAGGGAACUCCAUGCUGCUCUGGAAUGUGAGCGCCCCCUGCAGUCUAAAGGCGGAUGUGUGGCUGUGUAAGAGAGAUGUCGUCAGUGGGGAGUGUCAAGAGGUGACCGGGUCUAGACAGAAACUGGAUGGACAUGCCGGUUGGGUUACGAGUCAAGGAGAACGCUGGAAAACAGGAGUAUUCAAUUGGUCAUCGCAUCCUCUGCUCUGUCUUCAGAUCAAACUUGAUGGAAUACAGACUCAGUUGGAUCCUUAUUGUCCAUUUGCAGUAUCACGUUGGCACUGGAUUGUCUUGCUUCUUGUUGCCUUGUUAUUGGUGUUUCUGUCAAUGCUUGGAGCAUGCUGCAUACAAGGAGUGAUCAAAGAAUUACCAUGGAGAUGGUCGAAAGAUGAUGAUGUCAAAGGUGCUGUAGGCGGUGGUCAUGUGGUUUUGCUAUAUCCGCCUGACGAUGAGCAAGCAUUACCCGGUCUGAUGUGCCACUUGGGGUCAUCCCUCCAAGCUCUGGGCUGCAAUGUGUCUCUGGACUUGUGGAGCCAUGCUGAACUUAGCGUCUUGGGUCCGGUGCCCUGGCUCCAUUCACGACUGGAUCAACUGCAGAGACACGGUGGAAAAGUCAUUCUAGUCCUUACGCAAGCUGCAAGGAGGAGGGCUGAAGAGUGGGGAGCAAAAACCUGGGAGAGAUUUACAACAAAUCAAAGAGACACAGACAGCAGUACCAACUCAAAUUGCGUUGAUGUAUUUAGUGCAUCUUUGAGCUGCAUCCUUGCAGACUACUUACAAGGUCGAGCUGGCGAGCGCUUCAUGUUGGUGCAGUUUGAAUCCCUGCCCCCUGAAGGAGUUUGCCAGCCACUUCCUGAACUGUUCCGUGGUUUACAUGUCUACAGCCUUCCAUCUCAAAGUCUGGGGUUUCUCACAGAACUGGCAGGGGCAAGACAAAUGGCCACUUCCUCAUCCAGACGAAAGAGGGCACAUGGGCUCAGAAUGGCGUCUAGGGCUUUGGCAAGAGGGUUGUCAGGGUUUACAGCCGGGACAGCGGUGUUGAGACUGGCCUCGAUGCCCCAGAGUUGCGUUGGAGCAAGAGAAGAAGAAGAUGCUGCAGAGACAAUGCCACUGCAGCCCUACCUCAUCACUCCCCCCUCCAGUCCAGACACUAACCCCAAGGUCUGUCAGAUGGAUUGGGUCUGAAAUAGUGUGUGUUUUAUUAGA